CCGCGGGGGCGGCGCUCCGUGACGGAAGCAGCGGGGGCAAAUGGCGGCGCGAUGGUCCAGGGCCUUGCUCGCAGCGCCGCCGCCAUCGUCGUAGUCGUCGUCCUCCCCCCGGCGCGCAGGAAGCGGCGGCGCAGGGGGCGGCGGAGGCGGCGGCGCCGCGUCCUCCCGCCCUAGGCCGGCCGCGGAGGGUCGCUCGGGCCCGGCGGCGGCGGCAGCUGAGGCGGCCCUGCCCGCCGCUCCUCCCGGGCCUCCUGAGAGAAUAUGAAACAGGCGUCAAAAUGACAUCCAGAUUCGGGAAGACCUAUAGCAGGAAAGGUGGUAAUGGCAAUUCGAAAUUUGACGAGGUGUUUUCAAACAAACGGACCACUCUUAGUACGAAAUGGGGAGAAACUACCUUCAUGGCCAAGCUAGGCCAGAAGAGACCCCACCUUAAGCCAGAUAUUUCCGAGAUCCCUAAGAAACCCAAAGUCGAAGAGGAAGCAAUAGAAGAUCCGUUUGGAUUUGACAGUGAUGAAGAAUCGUUGCCAGUUUCUUCCAAGAACGUGUCCCAAGCAAAAGGAUCCGCUCAGCUGGAGUCAGUCGAAGUUUCCCAGCCUGCAGAUUUCCCUUCUGUUCUUGAGUCUAAUAGCCGAUUUCCUCCCUCGCUUGGUGAAGACGCUUUGGCCAGCAAAGGUGUGUCUUUUGAUAAUGCCACGCACGACUUGAAAGAGAAGAAUUCGACCAGAAACAUGGCAGAAGACUUCAGAAGCAGCAGUGCUAACCCUCUAGCUUCAGAUACUGAACUGAGUUAUCCCGAGGACAACGAGAACAGCCAUUUCCUCUACAAGAACGCCGAAGACAAUAGCGUGAGUGCUCAAAUAGCAGAAAUUUCCGGGUACAACAUUGAAAUCAAGGAAUCGCAUGACCCUUGGGAUUGCCAUAUUGGCCCCAGAGACUCCCCCUCGGACGUAGCCCACACCAGAGAGUCGCUAAUAACUGGCUUAUAUGAUUGGGAAGACGAGAACGAGGACGGCCAAAGAGGAGAAUACAUGCUGGGAUUUGACGACGAGCCCCUUUCGGAGAUUAAAAACAAGGGCGAAGGGCUGGUCAAGGAAGAGACGGAGGGCUCCAAGGAAGCCAUUCACGAGGAACUGAUGCAAGCUGUUCUCAGGCCGAGUAACUGUCGGACAUACUGUCGAUCAAACAAAACAAAACUGCAGGGAAUGUCAAACUUUGAUAAGCUGCUGGAUGGCACUCUCCAGCCUCUCGCCAAAGCAAACAGCGAUUCGGGCGCCGACGGUGUGAAUCCCGUCAGGAAGGUUGCUUUAAGUAGCGGGACCAGUUUUAAAGGGGCGGGAAGGACUAGAGACUACACCGUUCUCCACCCGUCCUGCUUAUCGGUUUGCAACGUCACCAUCCAAGACACCAUGGACCGCAUGGACGAAUUCGCCACGGCCACGCCCGCCGACCUGGGGGAAGCGGGCCGCCUGAGGAAGAAGGCCGACCUGGCCACGGCCAAGACUGCCGCCCGCUUCCGACCCAGCAACACCAAAUCCAAGAAAGACGUCAAGUUGGAAUUUUUCGGCUUCGACGACAACGACGAAGGCGGGGGCGGCGAAGGUGGGUCCAGAGCCUCCGGGAGCUCCAAUUACAAAAUUAAAUACUUUGGUUUCGACGACUUAAGCGAGAGCGAGGACGACGACGAGGAACAGCUGCUGGAGCGGAAGGUCAAUAAGAAGAGAAGCAAAACGGCCGCCACCGCCGCGUCUUCGCAGCAUUCCACUUCGGAUGGAAACGAGGGCUACUACUCUCAGGAUAGCCAGUCGAGUUCCAAUUCAGAAGAGCCUGAAGCUACUGUGGUUUUAAGUCAAAAGAAGGUGGCUGUACGUUUUCCUGGAGAUAAAAUAGAGCUGAUGGAGUUUGCAGACGAUCCAUCCAGCGUUCCAGAAAGCAAUAAGAAAUCUACCAAUUCACAAGGCGAUAAGUCUAAAGAAAAUACACGGAAAAUAUUUAGCGGACCAAAGAGGUCACCAACAAAAGCUGUGUACAAUGCUAGACAUUGGAAUCAGCCAGAAUCUGAGGUUCUUCCAGCAUCACAACUGCUGAAAAAUCCCAGCGUUCCAGCCAGGUCUUCAAAAGAGGCAGCUCCGAAGGACGAUGGGGUAUUCAAGGCCCCAGCGCCACCUCCCAAAGUGAUAAAAACUGUGACUCUACCAACUCAGCCCUAUCAGGAGAUAGUAACUGCCUUGAAAUGUAGGAAAGAAGACAAAGAAUUAUACACCGUCGUACAACAUGUGAAACACUUCAAUGAUGUGGUAGAAUUUGGGGAAAACCAAGAGUUCACAGACGAUAUUGAGUAUUUAUUAAGUGGACUGAAGAGCAAUCAGCCCCUAAACACUCGUUGCCUUAGUGUUAUUAGCCUGGCGACCAAAUGCGCCAUGCCCAGUUUCCGAAUGCAUUUGAGAGCACAUGGAAUGGUUGCGAUGGUCUUCAAGACCCUGGAUGACUCACAGCACCACCAGAACUUAUCGCUUUGUACAGCAGCUUUAAUGUAUAUCUUGAGCAGAGAUCGCUUAAACAUGGAUCUAGACCGAGCCAGCUUAGAUUUAAUGAUCAGACUUCUGGAGCUUGAACAGGAUUCCUCCUCCAAGUUGUUCAACGAAAAAGACAUGAACAAAAUCAAGGAAAAAAUCCGGAGACUCUGUGAAACUGUCCAUAAUAAGCACCUGGAUCUCGAAAAUAUAACGACCGGUCAUUUGGCAAUGGAGACCCUCCUCUCCCUCACUUCAAAGCGGGCAGGCGACUGGUUUAAAGAAGAGCUGCGACUUCUGGGUGGCCUUGACCACAUUGUAGAUAAAGUUAAAGAAUGUGUGGAUCAUUUAAGCAGCGAUGAGAAUGAAGAGAAUUUGGUCGCGUCACUCUGGGGAGCAGAAAGAUGUUUACGGGUCUUGGAAAGUGUAACAGUUCACAAUCCAGAGAAUCAAAGCUAUUUAAUAGCAUAUAAGGAUUCACAGCUCAUCGUCUCUUCAGCUAAAGCAUUGCAGCAUUGUGAGGAGCUAAUCCAGAGAUACAACCGAGCCGAAGAUACCAUCUGUCUUGUAGACAGUAAGCCACUGCCUCACCAGAAUGUAACGAACCACGUGGGUAAGGCAGUAGAAGACUGUAUGAGAGCCAUCAUUGGGGUCUUACUCAAUUUGACAAACGAUAACGAGUGGGGCAGCACCAAGACCGGGGAGCAAGACGGCCUCAUCGGCACCGCUCUGAACUGCGUGCUUCAGGUUCCAAAGUUCCUACCUCAAGAACAGAGAUUUGAUAUUCGGGUUCUGGGUUUGGGUCUUUUGAUUAAUCUGGUUGAAUACAGCGCAAGAAACAGACAUUGCCUCGUGAAUAUGGAAACCUCGUGUUCCUUCGAUUCCUUCUGCUUGGGAGACGCCGAGGAGAGCUUAAGCUCAUCUGGACAAAUAGCAGCUGUUCUGGCUUUAGUACAGUUGUUCCUGGAGAGAGAGAGAGCAGCACAGCUGGCCGAGAGUCAGACCGACGAACUGAUUAAAGAGGCCCCCACUGCACAGCAUGACCAGAGUGGGGAGUGGCAGGAGACCAGUGGGGAGAUCCAGUGGGUCACCACAGAAAAGCCAGACAACGCUGAGGAGAAAGAGAAGAAAGAAGAAGAAGAAGAAGAACUGGAUCUUAAUAAAGCCCUUCAACAUGCCGGAAAGCACAUGGAAGACUGCAUUGUGGCCUCUUACACAGCACUGCUGCUAGGCUGCCUCUGCCAGGAGAGUCCCAUCAACGUGACUACUGUAAGGACAUACUUGCCCAACGGGGACUUCUCAAUCAUGACCGAAAUGCUCAAAAAAUUUCUUAGUUUCAUGAACCUUACGUGCGCAGUUGGAACCACCGGCCAGAAGUCAAUCUCCCGAGUGAUUGAAUACUUGGAACACUGCUAGUUACUCCUGUUGGGCCACACAGGCACUCGGACGGGGCUGCUUUUUUCUUUUAGGAAAAAGCAGGAGAUGGUGACCGAUGUGCUCAGGGAUGCGCCGAGAGCAUUCCUCAAGUCUCAUUUUUUUCUCUUUGGAUUUUUAAGGCUACCUGGUCUCCCCGCUCACCUGGCUUUUUUUUUUUUUUUUUUUUUUUUCUGAAGCAUCAUGACCACUUCAAUCUGCAAUUUUAUCAACAAUGGGGGGGGGGGAAGAAAAAAAUACAAACAAAUAAUCUGUGGACCGAGCGAAUUUGCAAAUGUUUUUUCUAGCAACUCAUCGCAGUAUUUCCAUGUAUUUGGCAUUUUUUUUUUUUUUUUAUCCGCCCUCUUUAUUUGUCUGGCUUUUUUUUUUUUUUUUGUGACAACCUUCGAAGGGGGAAAAAAACAAAACGUGCUGCGGGUAAGGCAACUGCUGUUUACUGUUGAGCCACUGUUCUUUUCAUGCCAGCCAGGGGCAAAAGGCAGCUUUAGCUACUGAGGUAUCAAGAAAAAGAAAAUUCAAAUAAAAAGAAAAAAUGCUCUGGGCAGCAGCGUAGCUCUGAUUUGAGUUUAAUUUGCUCCUGGUUUUUUUUUUUUUUUUUUUUUUUUUGAAAGAUUAUUCCAAAAUGAUUAAAGGAAAAAAAAAACCCAGAAAAAAAAGAUUUUUUUAAAUACUUUUUUGUGAUCUUAACUACUGUCUAUAUUUAAAAUGUGUUGGAAUCCAAAGAGGCUGAGGCUCGGAUAGUUUAUUUUUUUAUACUGUUUUGAUUGAAAAUUGGGUGGUUGGAAACUACUUCUCAGUUUUUUGCAAUUGUUGUGGCCUAAGUACUGUAAACCGAUAGACCAUAUAACACGUCAGAGCUCUGAGAGAGAUGCAUGCAGGAAGAAUAAGACCCCCUCCUGGCCGGUGUCUAUAUCUAUAUUUUUUUAAAAAUGCAGUAAAACAUGCCCUGCUAAAGGUUAGUGUGAAACCAUGUUCAACCCAGGGUAAUUUACACUUCGGAAUAAGCAAAAACUUUUAAAUGCUGUCAGUUUGUUUCAAAGAAACGGAGCUAAAACCAUCCCGGUGGUCAAAUCUUUCCAGUUAAGGUAAAUCUUUCUAUAUUUUUGAGUUUUGAGCAGGUAAAACGCAUACAAUACAAAGCCUUAAAUAGCUGAAUAUAGCAAAAAUUUUGUUCAGUGUAGAGUCUAGUUCACAGCGAAGGAUUGUGUUGAGACUUUUGUGGAACGAAGAUCCCUGCAAAAUACUUUUUUUUUUUUAUGUUUGUUUGUUUCAUUCCGUUGUGGUUUGAACAUUAGGGACUCUUUUGCACUCAUAAUGGUGUCCUGACUGACGGAAUGGCUCAUGACUUUUUAUUAAGCUGGUCUUGAAUCUUCGCAAAAGUUUCUGGGGGGGGACAUGUGUGUGUGUCACCGACACUUUUCACAUUACCUGUGUUUUAGGUAGUUGCAUCAUCCUACUUUGGAUUUGUGAAACUUGAAGCCAUAAGAAAUAUUAAGUUCUAUGUAUAAUGAGGGAAGGGAGAAAUAACAGAAAAAAAAAAAUCUCUAACCUGCUUUUUAGAUCUUGUUAUCUCCGUGUAUAAAAUGACAAACGUGCUUUUGUAUCAGUGCAAGCUGUACAUUUUUUUACACACAGUGGCUGCCUUCUAUGUCUUCCUAUUUUUGAUAAUGCGGAUUGUUGGGAAUUUCAGUACGGAAGUAAGUGAUUAGAAACAAAAGCUUAUCCUCUUCUUUUUUUAAAAAAAAAAUCAAAAAUAAAUGUUCUCAUCUCUUUAAGGAAACCCCCAAAAUGUACCAGUGUAACUUAGAAAAGACAGCGGGAGGCUGUGUGUGUGUUUUCCCUUGGGUGAAGGACAAGGGAGAACAACGGAAUAAAGCUGAACUUGUAAAUUAUUUUUUGCGAUGCAGGAUUUUUCUGGAAAAAUAUAUAUAUAUAAAUAUAUAUACCGUAUAUGCCGGCGUAUUAGAUGACCCGGCGUAUAAGACGCCCCCCGUCUUUAUAGCCGGGCCGCAUUCCUAGAACGACGUCUUAUACGCCGGAAACUACCAGUAUUUCCGGCGUAUAAGACGACCCCCGUCUUUGGCGCCGAUUUCAGCGCUCGCGGAAGUUGUCUUAUACGCCGGCAUUUACGGUAUAUAUAUUUCUUGGCAUUUUUAGUUUGUAGAGCAAACGGCUUCCAGUUUGAGUUUGAUUUCAUGUAGCUUUUUAAGUUAGGCUUUUUUGUGUGCGUGCCAUGGCGAAGGACGAUUAAAAGCAAUUCUGGAGGAAAUCAGGACCCACCCUUCUCUGUUACACUGGUAAAUGACCUGAAUGGGAAAUGAUGAAAGUUUUGUGUUGACAGUUUUUAAUUAACAAGCACUGAAUGGAUGCAGAUGGUCUUGAGGGAUAAAGGGUCAGAGGAAAUGGCCCCUACGGAGCUGCAAGUGUAUUUUCCUUGUUUAAACCCCUCAUCGGACUCUGCAUUUCAAUGGGUACUUGAGGCCAACCUUCAAAUUGAAAAAAAGUUUUAAAAUAAAACUUUUUUUUUCCCACUGUAAAUAUCUGUGUAAAUAAGCGCAAUUGGAAACUAGAAGCGUAGAGUACUUUUUCUGAAUCCAAUCCUAUUUUUAUUUUAUACAGUAUUUCUCAGCUGUGAUCUUUGGAGCAAAAAAAAAAAAGCCAACGGCAGGAAUUAAUAGUUUGUACCAGUUUCAUGAAGUAUGUCUUUUGGUUUUUGUAAAUAAUUUUAACUCGAAUAAAAAUUGCUACUUUCAAUACAUAAA